UACUACGAUGAAGUCGUGUCAUGCUAGCUCCAUUUGUUUCACCUAUGUACACGGUCAACCUUUUCUAUUCAUCAUGAAAAUUUCUUACAAUAAUUAAUAGCACAAUUUUAUUUAAAAAAUAAUAAAUAUAAUUUAUCUCAACUUUUUUUAAUUCUCUUGUAAUUUUCAGUUUACAAUUACCUAUCUUCACAAAAAUCAUGUUAUGUAUUGAUUGAACAACUUUGGUUCAUUUCAUUCAUUCAUGCAUAAUAGUUCAUCUCAUUUGAAAACUUGUUAAUUUCAUCAAUAACAAAAUAAAAACUUGUUAUAUAAAUUACAAUGAUUUAGAGAAACACUUGAGGUGAGAUGAAGAAGGCUUUUGGAUUAGUAAAAUCACACGGUGAUUAUAAGGGGUUAGAUACUGCAAUUGUUAAGGCAACAAACUUUCACCAUGCAUUGCCAAAGGAAAAGCACAUUCGACAUAUUUUCAGCUCACUUUCUCCAUCAAAACCUCGCAGUGAGGUUGCUUAUUGUAUUCAUAGUCUUGCAAGGCGUCUCAACCAAACUAACAAUUGGGCUGUUGUGUUGAAAACCCUUAUAAUUUUACAUCGUGCAAUGAGGGAACUUGACACUUCAGUUUGGGAAGAGCUUAUUAAUUAUAGUACAAGAAGAGGCUAUUUGAUUGAUCUAUCACACUUUCAUGAUACCUCAAUUCCAAAUGCCUUGGAUUACUCUUGUUGGAUACGUAAUUACGGUCUUUACCUCGGAGAGCGCCUACGAUGUUUUGUCAUAGUCCACCAUGAUGUCGCGGCUUAUACCUCAAAAUAUUCCCAAAGGCUUGACACUAAGGAAUUGCUCGAGCAAUUGCCAGCCCUACAAAAUCUUCUCUUUCGGCUACUUGAUUCUAAGCCAGGGGGUGCGUCGGCUUAUAAUCGCUUGAUUCAGUAUGCUCUUUCAAUUAUUGCUAGUGAAAGCGUUAAAAUAUAUGUUGCAAUAACCGUUAGAGUGGUCGAAUUACUUGAGAAGUUUUUUGAGAUGAACCACGAUGAUGCGAUUAGUGCACUAAAGAUUUAUAAAAAAUCAGGAAGUCAGGCAGAGAGGUUGUCUGAGUUCUUUGAGACCUGCAGGGGCCUAGACUUUGGAAGGGGACAUAAAUUCAUCAAUAUUAAACAGCCACCUGCUUCCUUCAUAACAACCAUGGAGGAAUAUAUCAAGGAGGCUCCCAACACCUUAAUGAUUGAGUACAAUGCGAAUGGCGAAGAGGAAGGAGGUGCCGGCGGUAACAAAGAUGCAGCUUGUGUAGAAGGAGAGUUGUUGAGCGUAGAUGAGUCAGAUCCUUCUACAGAAAAGAGUGAGGCUACUGCACCAACACAAGCAGCUGAUCUUAUGGGUUUGUACGACUUACUAACAGGUGCAUCUGAAUUUGAUGAAAAUCCUCUAGCAUUGGCAAUUGUUCCAACCGAAAAUUCCAGAAAUUCCAGUAUUGAUGAGAAUGAAGCAAGCCCAUUACCAGAUUGGGAGGUUGCACUUUUUACAGAUGGAGAAAGCAGCCCUGACCAAAUUAUAGUUUCAGAGAAUAAAGAGGGUGAUGAAGUGGACAUGUUAAAACUUGAGGGAUUUUAUAAUGAAGCUAACGGUGGAGCACAGCAUGAGGAUGGAGUUUACCGGAUAGGGCAAGUGAAUUCCAACCCUUUUGAUUUUGAGGCAAUUCAUGAUCCAACUCAAUACAAUAUGGCAUUUGCAUUACCUCCAAAUGCCUUUUGUGUACCUCCCAACAUUCCAACUCAAUUUGUAAACAUGCAUCCCUACCAUGUUUCUUAUGAUAAUGCUCAACAGCAGCAGCAGGAGGAACCAUUUACAACGAUUAAAAAAUCGACCAAUCCAUUUGAUGAUGAGCCGGAUAUUUUGCCACCACCUUUGGCCUCGGAUGUGCAGCAUCAACAUCCAACUCAGACUACUUCUGAUUAGAUAUUGGAGACACGCGGCUGAUUCGUUACUUACCUCUUGGUACAUUUCAAACAAUGUGAAUGUAAGCAACACAACGAAGCCUAUGUUUGGUUACGCUGUGGAACGGCCAUUGUCACGCCCGUAGGAAGCGGAAAAUUAUAGAAGUGAAUGGUUGUUUGGAUGCACACUAUGGACAUGGUCACAUGGUAACAAUCGUGCACGAAGCAUGUUUGGAAAGUUCACCAACUUUUAAAUUCUGCGUCCAGAUUUAAUAAUUUUAAACAAAGCUACAAAUUGUAGCUUUAGGAGUACAAUGAAUUUGUACGACCUUGAAAACAAACAGUUGUGUGCGCCACUUUGGCUAGUACUCCCUCCAUUUUUUUUAAGUGUCGCUUUAGAAGAAUUGUUUUUAUUUUUAUUUAAGUGUCGUUUUCAUAGUUUAAGGUACAAUUUGUCAAUUAUACCCUUACUUUUUUAAUAACUCCACUUCACAUUUUCCAUAAAAUAUAAAAUUUAAUGGAGAGAGAAAAA